CAUGCAGGUCUUCAGGGCUGCCUCUGUAACGUGAAGUACACAUGUUCCUAAAGCUGUAUCCCAUACUGUGUGAGUAGUUGAGCACAGUUUGGAGCUGUGUCCUCUACUACCCCUUUUCAUCAACCAGAAGAAAGGAAGAAUGACAGGAAGCUGGGGCUGGCAGCGUGUCUUGAUAUUCAUACGGACACUGAAUCCACAAAUUACAGCCACUUUUAAUGGUAUGGCUAAUGUAAAAGCAGCCCCAAAGAUCAUUGACACGGGAGGAGGCUUCAUUCUGGAAGAGGAAGAGGAAGAACAACAUACAAUUGGAAAAGUUGUCCAUCAACCAGGACCUGUUAUGGAAUUUGAUUAUGCAGUAUGUGAAGAGUGUGGUAAAGAAUUUAUGGAUUCUUACCUUAUGAGCCACUUUGAUCUGGCAACUUGCGAUAACUGCAGAGAUGCUGAUGAUAAACACAAGCUCAUAACUAAAACAGAAGCCAAACAAGAAUACCUUCUGAAAGACUGUGAUUUAGAAAAAAGAGAACCAGCUCUUAAAUUUAUUGUGAAGAAGAAUCCUCAUCAUUCACAAUGGGGUGAUAUGAAACUCUACUUAAAAUUACAGAUUGUGAAGAGGUCUCUUGAAGUUUGGGGUAGUCAGGAAGCAUUAGAAGAAGCAAAGGAAGCUCGACAGGAAAACCGAGAGAAAAUGAAACAGAAGAAGUUUGAUAAGAAAGUAAAAGAAUUACGGCGAGCAGUAAGAAGCAGCGUGUGGAGAAGGGAAACAGUUGCUCAUCAACAUGAGUAUGGACCAGAAGAAAACCUAGAGGAUGACAUGUAUCGGAAGACUUGUACUGUGUGUGGCCAUGAGCUGACAUAUGAGAAGAUGUGACUAGUUAAGUGUAAAGUAUUCACAGAUGAAUGAACACUCGUGUAAAUAAUGCUAAAUAGAAAUGUGUAUGUUACGGCUUAAGAGCAAGUUUCAGUUAGAGUCCAGCAGGUCUGGUUGUGGGCAAAAUACUGGGUCUGGGAUUGCUUUUCUCUACAACAGGGAUGGGAGCGAGGGAUGGAAUAGGUUCAAAAGUUAGGUUAGAGCUAAAACAGAAAUAAACCAAACCAAACCCUAGAUUGGAAUAGGAGGAAGAGCUUUUAAAGGGCAGAAGCAACUGAAGCAGAUUCUUCUCCCAGGAAACAAGGGACAGUGGUAGACCCUGUGCCCCGGAGGCUAGCCAGGUCUUCUAGAGGCUGUCUCCAUGUGAGGGAGUGGGGAGCUGUUGUUGGCCAAGGCCUGACUGGACAGCAGUAAUUGAAUCGUGGCAGUCUGAUCAUGUUUUCUGUAUCCUUACAGUUUAUUACCAUAGGCCCUAAGGUCCGUGUCUAGAUAGCCCUUUUCAAAUAUGGAUUAAAAUGGAAAAACAGCCAUAUUGUCUUAUUGAUCAAAAAAGGUACUAAGUUUAUCCUAACUUGUUAACAUUUUACAGAGCACUUACCGUGGACCAGGUAGGUGUGACGCAAAAUGGCUUACAGGUAUUCUCAUUUAAUCCUGGGAGGGAGGAGAUCUUGUGUUUACUUAGCACUUUUAAAGGAAGUGAUAACCUACAACCCGACAUCACCCCAGGCAUGUGGAUCAAGUUUAGCUAGUCAGUUUUGCCCGUCUUGCCAAAAAGAUAACAAGGAUUUGUGCUUGACUACAGGGUCUGUGCAUGACUUUUUUUUUUUUUUUUAACCUGUUCAAGUAAAGAUAAACUGGAUAUUUUCAAGUUGUUCUUUGACAUGGCUUUUUUAGUCCAGUUGCUAUAAGUAGGAAGUUUAUAUGUUUUCAUCUUCCUUUGUAGAUCAGCUCUCCUGGAGAUUAUACUUGAAGAAAGGCAGGUCCAAACUAGUCCAACUCAAAAUAGACUUGAGACUGUAAUUACUAAUUGUUCUCUAAGAAUUCAACAUAGAAAUAAGUGUUGAUUUUUUUUUUUAACGUGCCAUGCUAAUUAUUGAUUUAGUAAAAAUUUAUUCAGAAUGGGUAGCAAGACCUUCCUGGGACCACAGAAGAGCUUCCAGCUUGAUAUCAGCAGAAUAACGAGGGGUCUAGGCAGCUGACAACAGUAUUAACUGUGUGGGCCAUAAAGAGCCGUUGCGCCCCAUGGACCUAGGUUCAAAUUCCACUUUCUGGC